CGUCAGUGUCAAAUUUGACAUUUUGUAAAGUAAACACUAAACAGUUCAAAAUAGGUUUUGUUUCAGCAUUAUUAUUCUAGUUUAUUGGUCUCUGAUUAUUAUUCGUGGAUAAAAUAAGCUGCAACUUGGAAAAUUUAAUUGAAUUGGAAUUAAAAUUUCGUAAAGGGAUUGUUGAAUAUUAUCCUCCACAAUGUCAGUCACUCUACAUACAGAUGUUGGUGAUAUCAAAAUAGAAUUGUACUGUGAGCAGUGCCCUAAAGCAUGUGAAAACUUCUUAGCGUUAUGUGCAAGCGAUUACUAUAAUGGAUGCUUGUUUCAUAGAAAUAUAAAGGGUUUUAUAGUGCAAACAGGAGAUCCUACAGGGUCUGGCAAAGGCGGUAAUUCCAUCUGGGGUAAAAAGUUUGAAGAUGAAUUCAAAGAAGAACUAAAGCACAAUGCAAGAGGGAUAGUCAGUAUGGCCAACAAUGGACCAAACACUAAUGGAAGUCAAUUCUUCUUCACUUACGGAGAACAACCACACUUAGACCUAAAAUAUACAAUAUUUGGAAGAGUCAUAGAUGGAUUUGAAGCACUGGAUGAUCUAGAGAAGAUGGCAGUAAAUCCAAAAACAUUUCGGCCACUAUCGGAUGCUAAAAUAACAUCUGUCACAAUACAUGCUAAUCCUCUUGCUGGAUAGAAUUAAAAAAUGGUCACAAAAA